ACAAAGCCGACAGACAGACGUUGGAUAAGAAAGAGAUGGAGCAUGUGGGGCUUACAAUGUUCUUCUCCUAAAACAAAAAGGCCCUUGCUUUCUCAAUUUUUAGUGGCACUAUUAUUGUAUUUGUUUUACCAAUUUAAGAACUAAGAUCAUCCAGAUUGUUUCCAAAAGAACUAAGAUUGUGUCUUUCCUUGUAUGUUUGAUUGAUUCUCUCAAAAGGGUUUUCUGGGACUUUCAUGACAUUUUUAUCGCCACAAGGUCUUUGCUUUUUGUUUCAUAAGUAAUGCAAUGAUUUGAGAUUGGAUAAAGAAACCCAUUAGAGAGAUUGUGAAUGGAAGAAGAGAAAGCAAGAAGCAAGUUCAAGAGGGUGUGUGUCUUCUGUGGAAGCAACCCUGGCCACAGAAAUGUCUUCAGCGAUGCUGCUCUUGAAUUGGGCAACGAACUGGUGAAGAGGAAGAUAGACUUGGUGUAUGGUGGAGGAAGUGUUGGGUUGAUGGGUUUGAUAUCUCAGACAGUGUAUGAUGGAGGAUGUCAUGUUCUUGGGAUUAUUCCAAGAGCACUCAUGCCUCUAGAGAUUUCUGGUGAGACUGUUGGAGAAGUGAGAACUGUUGCAGAUAUGCAUGAGCGUAAAGCUGCAAUGGCCCGAGAAUCUGAUGCUUUUGUUGCUCUUCCUGGUGGAUAUGGAACCAUGGAAGAGCUUUUGGAAAUGAUAACUUGGUCCCAACUUGGAAUCCAUAAGAAAACGGUUGGUUUGCUUAAUGUUGAUGGUUACUACAAUAAUCUGCUUGCACUAUUUGACACUGGUGUUCAAGAGGGUUUCAUCAAGCCUGGUGCUCGGCAUAUAUUUGUCUCUGCUCCAACAGCAAAAGAACUACUAGAAAAAAUGGAGCAAUAUACUCCUUCCCAUGAACAAGUUGCUCCUCAUGAAAGCUGGCAGAUGGAAGAACUUGGUGGCUUUACAAAGCAACAGAAUGCUGAGUGACAUAUUGGUAACCUUGAUUGAACCUGAUGUGAUUCAUCAUAAUUUAGUUGUGUAGACAGUCUAUUUGGAUGGGGCCAUAUGGUGGUCAUAACAAUGUACUUUUUUCACCUAAUGGUUUUGAAUUCUGCUCUGAUCAUCUUAGCUGUUUUACAAACAUGGUCAUUCGAGCCACUUUGUCGUAGACAUAUUAAUUUUCACAUUGAAAGCAAAAGUACUUUGAAAUACAAAAGGAUGGUAAGU